AGGAAGGCAAGUGCAUCCCUCUCUUCCACCACUUCAAUGGCCGGGUGCGCGGGAGCCGCGUCGCUCCGAGGGGCUUCUAUUCUUUCACUUCCCUUUCUCCCCAAACGCACUCUCGCCUUCCCCUCCCCUCACCCCUUUUUGUACAAUCGCUUUCUCGGGCUAUUUUUCAUGCUCCGCUAACUGCCGUUUGCUUUCCCGGCCUCGCUGCCUCAUGAAGAUUUAUGAAACUGCAGUAAUAAACCGGGUUUGAGAGAUCCUCUUGAUGAUAAACCCCCUCCGAGCUGCCGGCGGGGGGAUCCGAGCGGACGGUGCCACCGACCCUGCGGCUGCUCUGGCCUGACGUGGCUCUCAGGGGGCCGUGCCUGCAGCGCGGGGCAGGUUUUUGGGGACAUCUCCCACCCCCGUCUCGCAGCGAGGGAGGAGGGAGCUGCUGCUUGGGCUGCAAAGCCUGAAGAGCAUCACCCAAAGCUCAGUUGGGCUCCGGUGCCUCUGGUGUCCCCAACCUCCAGGGAAGGAGGUGAUGGAUGUGUCCGGGCUGUGUCCCCGGCACGGGUGACAUCUCUGCUGGUACGUAAGGAAGAUGGAUGGAUGAAUCGGCAAAGAGAGACACGUUCCCCGAACCCCCCACUGCUCGUGGAGGGGCUGGCCAGGAUUUUCCGUGGGAUUUUGGCUGUCGUGAGAGCCCUGCGCCCCGCCAAGGAGCCGCCCGAAGCCCCCGCGGACCGGGGGGCUGCAUCCCCUGUCCCGCCGCAGCGCUUUGCCGCCCGCCGUGGGAGCUGUCCUGCGCCCGCGGAUCCCGAGCGGACCAGCACCCACAUGAUCUCGGCGGAUGAUGCCGAGUACCCGCGGGAAUACCGGACCCUGGGCAACGGCACCCGGCGCUUCUCCAACGUGGGGCUGGUGCACACCUCGGAGCGGCGGCACACCGUCAUCGCCGCCCAGAGCCUGGAAGCCCUCACCGGCCUCCAGAAAUCCGAGAUGGAGCGCAAGCGGGACGCCUUCAUGGACCACCUGAAGAACAAGUACCCGCAGCACGCGCUGGCGCUGCGGGGACAGCAGGAGCGCCUGCGGGACCAGCAACCCAACUACUGGAGCUUUAAGACAAGGAGCUCCCGGCACUCCCAGGGCUCCCAGCCCGGCUUGGCCGAUCAAGCCAAACUCUCCUUUGCCUCGGCCGAAUCCCUGGAAACCAUGUCGGAAGCGGAGCUACCCCUGGGGUUCAACAGGAUGAACCGGUUCCGGCAGAGCUUGCCCUUGUCCCGCUCCACCAGCCAGACCAAGCUACGGUCACCAGGGGUCCUUUUCCUGCAGUUUGGGGACGAGACGAGGCGCGUCCACAUCACCCACGAGAUCAGCAGCAUGGACACCCUGCACGCCCUCAUCGUCCACAUGUUCCCCCAGAAGCUCACCAUGGGGAUGCUGAAGUCUCCCAACACGGCCAUCCUCAUCAAGGACGAGUCGCGCAACGUCUUCUACGAGCUGGAGGAUGUCCGUGAUAUCCAGGACAGAAGUAUCAUUAAAAUCUACCGGAAAGAGCCACUUUAUGCCUCGUUUCCAGCCUCGCACAUUGCUAACGGUGACCUGAGGCGAGAGAUGGUGUACACGUCCAGGGAGUCCUCCCCCACCCGCCGCCUCAACAACAUGUCCCCGGCGUCCCACCUGGCCUCGGGGUCCCCCCCACCGGUGCUGCAGUCCUCGUCCCCAUCCCGCUCCCGCAUGUCCUAUAGCGGGGGCCGCCCCCCAUCCUACGCUGGCAGCCCCGUCCACCACAGCGAGCGCCUCUCCAACCUGCCCCCCGCCCAGGGGGUGUCCCCCAGCCCCAGCGCCAUCCUGGAGCGGCGGGACGUGAAGCCGGAUGAGGACCUGGCUGGGAAGAACGUGGUGCUGGUGAAGAACGAAGGGCUGUACGCCGACCCCUAUGGCAUGGUGCACGAGGGCCGGCUCAGCAUCACCUCCACCCAGUCCCUGGCCGGCAUGGGGGACCCUUUUGGCUACUCGGGGGGGCUCUACAAGCGGGGGUCCGUGCGCUCCCUCAGCACUUACUCAGCGGCCGCGCUGCAGUCGGAGCUGGAGGACAGUCUGUACAAACCCAAUGCGCCCAUCUACGGCGAGACGUACGGACCCGCCUUGGGGUUCCGCAUGCCCCCCUCCUCCCCGCAGAAGAUGGCCGAUGGGCGGCUGGUGGACGUGCAGCCAGGGCAGAGCCCCCACAGCCCCUACUCGGGACCCCCCAGCCGCUCCUCGCCCGUCCGUCAGUCCUUCCGCAAGGAUUCCUGCUCUUCGGUCUUCAUGGAGAGCCCCGUCAACAAACCGCGCAACCCCGGCUCCUCCGGCCCCCCAGAGCUGUUCCCUGGCCCCGGCGAUCGCCCGCUCUCGGGGUUCGGCUCCCCUGGACCGGCCAAGGACACAGAAACGAGGGAGCGCAUGGAGGCGAUGGAGAAACAGAUUGCCAGCCUGACCGGGCUGGUGCAGAGCGCGCUGCUCCGCGGCUCCGAGGCUGAGACCCCCAGCGAGAAGACAGAAGCCACCAAUGGCGGGACCCCCCCAUCAGCAUCGACCAGCCGCAGUGGCACGGGGACACCGGUGCCUGCGCCGCCGCCACCCUCAGCCAGCAGCACGCCGGCGGGCCAGCCCACGGCCAUCACCCGCCUGCACAUGCAGCUGCACCUGCACGACCUGCAGCAGAACGCCAGCGACCUCCGCAACCAGCUGCAGCAGCUCAAGAAGCUGCAGCUGCAGAACCAGGAGACGGUGAAGACGAUGCUGCGUCGGACGGAGACGGAGAUCAGCGUACGGGUGACAGACACCAUGCGCAAGCACGAGGACCCUCUGCAGCGGCAGCGCAGCUUGGUGGAGGAGGAACGGCUGCGGUACCUCAACGAGGAGGAGCUGAUCACCCAGCAGCUCAAUGACCUGGAGAAGUCAGUGGAGAAGAUCCAGAAGGACUUGGCCCACAACCACCGGCUGAUCCCGGUGCAGGAGCUGGAGGAGAAGGCCGUGGUGCUCAAGCAACUGGGGGAGACGCUGACGGACCUGAAGGCCCAGUUCCCCAGCCUGCAGAGCAAGAUGCGGGUGGUGCUGCGGGUGGAGGUGGAAGCUGUCAAGUUCCUGAAGGAGGAGCCCAACCGCCUGGACGGGCUGCUCAAGCGCUGCAAGACGGUGACGGACACACUCGCCCAGAUCCGCAGGCAAGUGGACGAGGGCGUGUGGAGCAGCCCCAGCACCCUCAGCCAGUCCCCCAAGAAGGUGCCCCCCGAGACAGACUUCAGCAAAGGGCUGGACCUGGAGAUGCCCACCAGCCCCCCCGUCAGCCUCCACCACCUGACAUCUGGCACCGAGGCCCUGGGCAUGCCCAGCUUUGGCCACAGCCCCCCCCAGACCCAAACCCACCCCUCCAAGAGCAAUAACCCUGCCCGAGCUCCAGAGAUGGUGCCCGCCAAGACGCAGACGGGGCCCGAGACCCCCAGCAAGAAGAGCGCGGACAAAGCCGUCUCCGUGGAGGCAGCUGAGCGGGACUGGGAGGAGAAGCGGGCGGCGCUGACCCAGUACAGCGCCAAGGACAUCAACCGGCUGCUGGAGGAGACGCAGGCCGAGCUGAUGAAGGCCAUCCCCGACCUGGAGUUCGCCGCCAAGCACAAGCAAAGCCCGGGUGGCAGCAGCAGCACAGCCUCCACCCCCGAGCACAAACCCUCCAAACCGCAGCACGCACCCAAAUCGGGGGGCAAAGGGGACCCCAAUGGCCGCCGGGGCUCAGCACCGUUUGUGCCCAGACGAACUGACGGUGCCGCGGUACCGGACCGAGAAACCCUCCAAAUCGCCACCGCCUCCCCCUCCACGCCGCAGCUUCCCCUCGUCCCACGGGCUGACCACAACCCGCAGCGGCGAAGUCAUCGUCACCAGCAAGAAGGAGCCCGGGUUCAUGAAGAAAGCCGAAUCGGAGGAGCUGGAGACCCAGAAGCCGCAGGUGAAGCUGAGACGGACGGUGUCGGAGGUGGUGAGGCCGGCGUCCACCCCUCCCAUCAUCGCCUCUGCCAUCAAAGACGACGACGACGAGGACCGCAUCAUCGCGGAGCUGGAGGUGUUUCAGAGAAGCUCUGCCUCCCCUUUCCUCCCCAAGCUCCGUUCCGCUCCGCUCGUGGCUGCCGUUUACCCUGGGCACGCAGCCAUGUGGCCCAACGGAGCCUCCGGUGCAGCCGAAGGAUGGAAGAGCGGUGGCGUCUCCAUCCCCGCCAUGAAGAUGGUGAACCCUGCGUCCCGCCUGAAGCAGAGCCAGCAGGGCAGCCCCGACAAGGGCAAGCACGUCAAGCCGCGGAUGGAGUACAUGCGCAUCCAGGGCCAGCAGCAGGUACUUUAGCACCGUCCCCACUGUCCCCACCGUCCCCACUGGCAGCAAGACGAGCCCGCGGCCCCGGCAUCUCCCUCGCUGCCUCGCACGGGGGGCGAGGGGGUGGGUGGAGGACAAGGGCGAUGCUGCAGGUGCUGCUUUUGGGGACCGGGAGCUCCCUUGGCUGAGCCCAGUGGGGCUGGGGACAUGGGGACGCAGCUGUUGGGGCGCAGAGGGGGAUCUCACCCCAGUUUGUGCCCAGUUCAGUGGUUUUCAUGGGGAUACAGCUGUUGGGGUGCAGAGGGGGAUCUCACCCCAGUUUGUGCCCAGUUCAGUGGUUUUCAUGGGGACACGGCUUUGUGCUGAGACUGGCCGACUCGUUACCAGUGUGGUUGGUGUGAGGCUGAAGCCACUUGUCCCCCAGCCCCAUGAGCCACCGCUGAGCCCCAGCGUUGGUCCCCUCGCCCUGAGGGACCCCGGGAUGUCCUUGCAGAACAAUUUGGGUGCCGAGACGGGCGCUGCAGAGCCCUGUGCUUGGCACAGGGGCUCCAGGGGGCUUCACCUCUGUGGGGCUGGGGCUGCCGGGCCCCUCGCGGGAGGUUUUGGGGAGCCGGGACCCUCUGUGCACCAUGACACCGCGGCUGCAGAAGCAGCUGGUCCUGGGAUGGGGGCUCUGGGGCAUGGUGAUGGUUUGGGGGUGUCUGGCAGCGUGGGGAUGGGGGGGGCAGCUGGAAGAGGCUGGGAUGGUGUGUGUGUCCCCCCCAAGUUCAGCACCCACCUCUCUCCCGUCCCCAUGGACAGUGGGGGUCGCCCCCCUCUGUUCCUGCUGACACCCCAGUGCUGGUGGGGGAGCCUCCAGCUGGCUCAGGCCCUGGGCAAGGUACCCACAGCCCCCCACCCCCCGGCCUCUCCUCCCCUUUCCAAGCCCCCCCUCCUACCCGUGGGGGGCAGCACCCCUGGAGCGGGUUCACCCCCAUCUUCUCCUCCCCACUCUGUGUCUUGACCCCCGUCCCCGGGCCUGGUGUUAACAAAACCACCCAAUAAACCCAAUUUUGCUCAUUCUGUUGCAUCCAUAAACCCCCUUGGAUAAGCCAGAGGUUUUCCCAGCUGCCUGGAGCUGGAUUCAGGGGGGAUUUAAUGCAAUUUGGGCAAAUGGUGCAUGAGCAAAAUAGGCAUCUUGCUCCCCGCUGGCUCCGUCAAGAGGGUUCAGCCCCCCCGGUCCCCCCUCAGCUGGUUGUUGUGACUACAACAGGGGUGGUACCAGGAUGGUGGCACUGCCAUCCUCGAGCAUGGGGUGUCCCUGCCUGUCCCCCAACAGGACUGGUGGGUUUUGACACCCCCCGAGGGGCCAGGAAGCAUCUCCUGACCCUGGGCACCCGAGGGAGGCCACUGUGUCCCCACUGUCCCAUGUCACCACGCUCCUCCUCGCCCCCACCCCGGGGUAGCAUCGCUCACCGGCCCCCACUGGGGUGACCAGACCAGGAGUUUUCCGUGUCGCUUUUGUCCCCGCAGCCCUCGCUGGGCAGGAUUUGGCCAUGUCCCCCCCACCCCAGAGCCCACCCCUGUGCAGGGGGGCUGGAGGAGCCCCCUCUCCAUCCUGGGGGGUUUCCCGAGUGGCAAUGGGUCGGGUCACCACUGACGGGGACUGGGGGGACACCGGCACCUCUCGGAGCUCCCCCCAUCUAACGCUGCCCUUCUUGUCCCCCUCCCCGCCUUUCUCCCCUCCGCCCGCCCCCCUCUGCGUCUGCCUGUCUGUCCGCGCGUCCGUCUGUCCGUCCGUCUCUGGCUCGUGUCUCUCUCCCCUCGGGGGACGUCCCGUUCCCGUCCAGUGACGCGAGGGACCCGCUCGUCUCGUGCUCUGUUUGUGGUGGCCCCUUUUCCAGCUGCUUGACCUCAGGCCUGAACUCAAUGCUGCUUCCGAACAAUCCCCUCCUUGGCUCUUGGUUCUUCGGGUUUUAAUUAUUUUAUUUUAUUUUAUUUUAUUUUAUUUUAUUUUAAUUUUUUUAUUAUUUUAUUUUAUUUUAUUAUUUAUUUUUAUUUUUAUUUUAUUUUAUUUUGGUUUUUUAAUUUUAUUGUAUUGUAUUUUUAUUUUUAUUUAAUUUUAUGUUUUUAACUUUUAUUUCAUUUUAUUUUUAAUAUUUUAUUUUUUAUUUUGUCUUUAUUUUAUUUCAUUCUGUUUGAUUUUGUUUAUUUUAUUUUUAAUUUUAUUUUAAAUUAUUCUAUUUUUUUUUUUUUACUUUAUUUAAUUCUUUUUUCUUUUUAAUUUUUAUUUCAUUUCAUCUUCCUUUUUUUUCUUUACUCUUUUUCCUUUGUUUUUAAGAAACUCCUUGACUUCUCCUCCUCCUUCCUCCUCCUCCUCCUCCUCCUCCUUGAAUCUUGCUUUUCUUUCUAGGCCGCUAGACCACCUAAAGAUGCUAGCGAGACUCCUUCCCCCGCGGUGUCCGACAAACCCGCCGCUGGCAGGACCUCCAUCCCCGUAUUGACUUCUUUUGGGGCGAGGAACUCGUCCAUCUCCUUCUGAGCAUCCUCUCCUGCUCCCGGGGCUCCUCUCUCUUCCUUGGGCUCCUCUUCCCCGGGGACUUUUGGCUUCUUGAGGCGCCAGGAGGGACCGUCACCCCCGUCCCUCCCUCCUCCUGUUUUUCUCGCUGUUUCGCUCCGGUGUGGCCGACCUCGUGUGUCGCCUCCGCUCCGACUCGUCACCCGUCUCGCUCCGCAACGGCCAACCAGCCGCUUUCCGUUUCUCUCUCUUCUUUCCCCUCCUUUCUCUUCUCUUUUUACCUUCUCGUUUCGCUGCGUUUUGGGUUGCUGUUGGUUUGGUUUUUCUUCCCCCUCCCACCCCACUUUCUCCAACCUCCCUCUCCCCCCCCAACUCCCAUUUUCUGUUUACUGAAGAGCUCUCAGAGCUUCACUCCACCAGUUUCACCAGUUUCACCAGCUCCAAGCCAGGAGGAAGCCGGGCAGCCCCCCCACGGAACGGUGCCACGCAGCCGAAGAGCCCCCACCACCCCGUCCCCACCACCCGCCACCCCACGAGGGGACGAUGCUCCGCGUCCCGGGGGGCGGCAGGUGACACCGCAGGUCCUUUGCUGGCCAAGGGGUCGGUGCCGUCCCUGGGUGGGGGGUCACUGCCGUCUCCAGGGGGGUCACUGCGGAUGUAAAAUAGGCGGGGGGGGCGCCGAUAACAGGUCACAUCGUCACCCUCCAUUUGUAACAUAGCACUUUAAAUGGCACCCGGGCGGGGAUGCGGUGACACUCGGGGACCUCUGUCCCCUUCCCAGGGACAAGCGGGAGCCCCCGACCCGCAGAAAUGUCCCCGGGGGAGCAACCCCAGCCCGGGGGAGCCGCGGGGGGGUCGCUGGGGUGCAUGUCCCCCCAUCACCCCAUCACCCCUGGUACGCGUGUGUGUGUCCCCGUGCCCACCAGAUCAAAUCACUCCUUUCGUUGGCGAGUUCGUCCUUGGGUUGCUUGGUUUUGUUUGUUAUUCUUUCUCUUCUUUUUCCCCCCACCUCUUUUUUUGUAUCUCAGUCAUUUUUGUACAGCAGAACGAGCCUUUUUUGAAUAACAAAGAGAAAAAAAAAUCAACAAAAAAAAAAAAUCAUGAUGCAAUUUCUUUGGAUUGCAAAAAGCAACUCUUUACAUUUAAGUGAAGUGUCUUAACAUUUUAUAUUGUUUUAAAAAAUAUAUUUACAUAUUAUAUAUAUAUAGUAUACGUAAUAUAAAUAUAUAUAUAAAUAUUUAAGAGAAGAAAUAAAUCUCUUCACGUCUGGUAUAUUAGGGGGUGGAUUUUCUUCCCUGGGUAGACUAGAGCUCCUUGUGCUUUUUGAGGGUCGGUUCCUCGUGCUGAGUUCGCAUCCUCCAUCCUCAUCCCCAAACUGUCCCCAUCACUUGGGGGGUGGGUGACACCCCGGGGUGCUGCAGCCCCCCCCUCCCCCCCCAAGCAGCAAUAGCACUCACUCCAUGCGUUUGUUUUUAAUUUAAUUGAUAAAUUAUUCUUUUCUUGGUACCAAAGUGAAAUACUGUAGCAAAGCCGCAGCUUUGGGUGAUGGGUUGCUUGGAGGGGGGGGGGCACCUAUUUUUGUCCCCCCCCCACCCACACACACCCCAUUGCCCAUCAAGCUGGUUUGUCCGUGAGCGUGUCCGCGUGCGUGUGUCCGUCCUUUCAUGGCACCAACCCUGGUGCUUUCGCUGAAGCAAGAGGAAAAACAAAAAUCAAAAUACUAAUAAAAAAAUAAUAAGUAAAAAAAAAAAAAAAGGCAAAAUGUUCAAAAUGUUGCAAAAAUGAUAAAAAAAAAGAAUAAAAAAAAAAAGGAAAAAAAAA